AUGGCGGCUCAAGGACUUACGACGCCGGCCUCACCCCUCGUGCCUUCGCCAACAUUGCUUGAGCCCUACUCGCCUCCCACGACUGGCAUACUAUCAUAUCUGCCAACAUCAUGGGUUCCUUAUGCCGAGCUUGUCCGUCUGGACAAGCCCACAGGAACAUACUACCUGUUCCUGCCCUGCCUCUUCAGUACCCUGCUCGCAGCGCCACUCGCCACCCCGGUUGCACCACCGCUCGCCGUCCUGGGCACCUCGCUGCUCUUCUUCAGCGGCGCCCUGAUCAUGCGCGGUGCCGGCUGCAGCAUCAACGAUUUCUGGGACCGGAAACUCGACCCGCACGUCGCGAGGACACGUCACAGGCCAAUCGCCAGGGGAGCCAUCACACCCCAAGCAGCGCUGGUAUUCACGGGCUUCCAGUGCCUGGCAGGUCUCGGCAUCCUGCUGCAGUUUCCCUUGAGCUGUCUCUACUACGGAAUCCCCAGCUUAUGCCUGGUAGUGAUGUACCCGCUGGCGAAGCGCGUGACGUACUAUCCACAGGUCGUGCUGGGCUUUGCUUUCUCCUGGGGCGCCAUCAUGGGAUUUCCGGCUCUCGGUGUCGAUCUGCUCGCGAGCACACCGGCCUUGACAGCCGCGGCGUGUCUUUAUGGGAGCAACAUCGCCUGGACCGUGCUCUACGACAUGAUUUAUGCUCACAUGGACAUCAAGGACGACAAGAAGGCCGGCAUCAAGAGCAUCGCGCUCAAGCAUGACGCCGAGACAAAGAAGGUGCUGUCGGGCCUCGCGGUGGUCCAGGUUGGGCUGCUGGCGGCGGCAGGCACGGCGGCGGGCGCUGGGCCGGCGUUCUUUGUUGGAAGUUGCGGAGGUGCCGCGUUGUCGCUCGCGUGGAUGAUCAAAAGAGUCAACUUGAAGAGUGUCAAGGAUUGUUGGUGGUGGUUCGUGAACGGCUGCUGGAUCACCGGAGGGGUGAUUGCUGCCGGCAUGGGACUGGACUACGUCUUGGCAUACUUGAAAGACCCGACAGAGGUCGUGGGACAGUCGAAAAAGCUGGCCGAAUAA